GUUACACAGUGUCCAGCACAGUGUAAUCAGCAGAAGCUGUAAUCAGAUGAUAAUGACCUCUUUUUCCUCCUCCUCCUCCUCCUCCCCUUCCACAUGCAGAGAGCAACAGGUCUAAUCCUGUCUGUGCACGGCUGCCUGUUGAUAACAAGGACCUGAAACACUGACUCUGUAUCAUUUUAUUUGAUGACUUGUUUCUAAAUUUCUGUAAACUGGAGCAAUGAUAUUUCGGACAGCAGUAGAGCAUGCUAAGAAGCACCCUGGCCUCAUCCCCCAGUUCUUCUUCAUCUGUUUGGGAAUGGGCAGUGCAUCUAUGUAUCUGAUCCGCUUGGCCAAAGGACCCCAUGUCACCUGGAACAAGACCAAUAACCCUGAGCCAUGGAAUAAACUUGACCCCACAUACCAGUACAAGUUUGUGGCCAUUACCACCGACUACAAAAACCUGAAGAAAGAUGGACCUGAGUUUUGAUUCUCUCACUGGCCUCCUUUUUAAAACCAGAGUCGAAAAAACCCCCCAGAAAAUCCUGAUCUAGGGUCAGAUUCACUCCCCCCUUCGCGUCUCACUGUCAGUAAAAUAUCCUGAAGGAUAUUGAAUAUGUAGUAUUUCUACAUAAUUACACUUAUGCAGGAGAGAUAUGACACUCAUAUGCACAUACUUCCCACUGCACCAGACAAGUGGUAUAGCAUUUCUUAGCCAAUUUAAUACAAUUAAGGGAUACUGUACAUCAUAGAUAACUGUUUUGUCAACCAUGCUGCUGUGUUUUAGAAAUGUCAGUGUAUUAUUUUGAAUGUUUCGGGCAUCUAUCAGUUUCCAUUCACCUCUGUAAGAUAUGAAAAUGAAUUAUCAAAAGUCUGCCAAUUGUUUGGGGACUGCACAAAAAUAAAUUGAGACAAACAGCUGCCUGGAACAGAGGGGGAAAAUACAUCUGAAAAAUGCAUGCAUCCAAAUGCAUGUUGUUGUUUUUUUUCAACUGGCACAUGAUUGUUGGUUUAGCAGCCACUAAAUCCAACAAUUACUGUGUAAGUUACGAUACAAAAAGGCAGAGAUGCAUAAACUGGACUGGAUUCUUUCAAUAAACAAACUGUCAGUUUCA